AUUAAUCUAGUUAAUGUUACUUUUUUUCAAUGUUUACCAUAUUUUUAAUGGAUAUUUUACAAUUUUGUUACAUUUAUUGGACAUACUUCAUUUUAGAUAAAGCGAAUUAUAAAUUUUGUAAUAUAUACUAUCCACAGAUUUCUACAGAAUAUGUAGAAAUCUGUGAUACUAUCAGUAUAUUUCAGAACAUAUCGAAUUAAUUAAACAAAAUACAAUCAAAAUAUUUCGAUUAUCGAAUUGACAUUGAAUCUACAGACAUUUAUUGUAUAGAUAUUAUUGUGUAUAGUAUAUAGAUGUCUGUGAUCAAAACGCAUAAAUUUAUUGAAUCUAAUAACGUCAAUAAGAAACGGCUAUUCGAGCGUUAGAUUUUCUAGAAAUACCCAAGAAAAAUGUAACCUUGUGUGAUACUCGUAUGAGAUUCUGGCGAGUUCACAAAAAUCACAGCGAAGCUUUCGGCCGCAAUUUCGGUAUAAAUUGAAUCACUUGGUGACGCCGCUUCUGCGAACGCAUAAAGUAAACGAUGGACAGCGAGACGAAGUCGUUGCGAAAUAUGUAAAUGUCACCGCGCGUCGCGAAAACUCCCUCAAGAUCGAUCGCAAACGAUUCGAGGCAGUAUUAAAACUUUUGACCAAACUUAAAAUACGCAAGUCGUCGAAGAGUCAAGUGCGGUCUAACGAUUGCAAAUCCGUAACUUCCAAGGAAGUAUUUGCUGCAAGUGAAACAAGGCACGUGCAUUUUUAUCGUUGAAAAUAGAAACUUAUAGCAUUAGUCAUGCUGGAGACACGAUGAAUCCAUCGCCGCGCCGCAAUACAUGCGACAAUGUGGUCAAUAGAAAAUCGAUUAAAUCAACGGUUGUUGCAAAAUGUAAACCAGAGCCGAAAACGCCUGUCUACGAUUACGAGGCAGCUAUCGAUCGGCCCGACAUUCUGAAAGACUCAAAAAUCGAUAAUAACACGCAGAACGUGAGUUGGUCGGAGCUGAGUGACAAAUUGUCGGCGCCGACCAAGAAAAGAAACCUUUACGUUCGCGGGCAAGUCGGUGUGAUUACUAAAAAAAGAAGUAUUGUUUUUAAAUCGAAAAAACAAGCAAAGGAGAUCGCACAAAUUCGACCGUCAAUCUGCGACUUUGCUGAGAUUGCAGAAAAAGAAUCGACACCUUUCUCAGAAAUUAUUCGAGACGUUGAAAAUUAUGGAAUGAAAAAUAGCGACGAUGUAACUUCGAAUCGCCAAACGUCACUUAAUCAAGAUUUAGCGCAUUCGAGAAAUAUUCAAAAGGAAUCAGAAAUUGCAGAAAAUGUCAACAAUAUUGCAAAUAAAACUACCGAUGUAUUUCGAGAAAAUUUUAGUAAAACUGAUAAAGAUAUAAUAUGGUGCAUCUCUCAAAAUAAGACUAGUAAAAUUCCACGCCUAAAACCGAAUUCCUUUCUCUCUAUAUGUGAAGCCUCUUGCAUUCAUCCGAGUGCAAAAUUGUCAGUCAGGAAUAAAUUAAAGUUUUCCGAGGAUUUAAAAUCACCCGUAGACAUUAAAGAUGAAAAAUUAAUAUUUGAACUUGUCAUUGAAAAAAAACAGACUGAUUGAUUUAAAUAUAGCAGA